AUGGCUGAAGCAACUACUAAUAAAACAAAUAAUGAUAUUUAUAUUCCUUCUGUGAUGAAAGCUGCUCAACAAAGUGGUUUUGGAGAAAUACGUGAUGUUCUGACGCUCAGUGAGAAUGUCUCUGUGCCUCGUCAAUUAUCAUCUAAACAAAUUCUUGUUCGAGUUUAUGCUGCUGCAAUAAAUCCAGUCGAUUGGAAAGUAUUAAAUGGAAGAUUAUCACUUGUUACUCGAUAUUCAUUUCCUCAUACACCAGGUACUGAUGUUGCUGGUGUUGUUGUUGAUAUUGGUUCAGGUGUAAAACGUCUUCGAAUUGGUGAUAAAGUUUAUGGAGAUCUUACAAUUCAUGGUGGUAGUUAUGCUGAAUAUGUUCGUGGUGAUGAAUCAGUUUUUACAUUAAAACCAAAUAAUUUAACAAUGGAAGAAGCAGCUGCUAUACCUUUAGCAUGUGACACUAGUUAUCAAGCAUUAUUUAAAAAAGUUUCACCUCCUAUUGGACCAACAAGUAAAAUAUUAAUCUGUGGUGGUAGUACAGCAACUGGUUUAUAUGCAAUUCAAUUAGCUAAAGCAGUUGGUGCUUAUGUUACUGCAACAUGUUCACAAAGAAAUUUUAGUCUAAUGGAAAAACUUGGAUAUACAAUAACACAAACAAAUAUUGAGAUAAAUAAUGAUCAAAAUCAAUUACAUAUUAUUGAUUAUAAUGAAAAAGAUUUUGGAGAAGAACUUAAAGAUCAAAAUUAUGAUAUUGUAUAUGAUUGUGUUGGUGGUGAACAACAAUGGAUAUCAGCACAAAAAAUAUUGAAACGAGGUGGUCAAUUCAUUACUAUUGUUGGUGAUGAUAUUUCAUCUAUUAUUUCAUUAAAAACAUUGGUUACAGCUGGUUUGAGUAUACUAAAUAGAAAAUUUUGGUCUGUUUUUGGUUCAGUUCAUCAUAAUUAUAUACGUCAUGUAUUAUAUGAAAAUUUUCAAGAUCUUGAUGAUAUUCGAACAAAAUAUAUUGAAACAGGAAAAGUUAAACCUUUAAUUGAUACAAUAUUUGAUUGGAGAAAAGAUGGUGUUGAAGCUUUAUAUUCAAUUUAUGAGAAAUCUAAAAGUGGAAAAGCACAAGGAAAAUUAAUUCUUAAAAUAGCUGAUGAAGAAUAA